AUGAGUUUAAACAAAAAAUCGGAUGAGGUAGCUCACUAUAUUAAGAAUCAAUAUCCAAAUUUAAAUUUUGGAAAUGUCUCAGUUUCUGACAGUUGUGUAACUAAUAUUUGCAAUAUCAUCUUUAAUAAAGAAAAUGAUAAUGGUUUAAAAAAAUCAAUUACAAAUGCUAUCAAUAGAAACACUUCAUCUCUUCGUAAACGUAUUACAAGUAUGAACAAUACUGAUUUAUGUAAUGUGUCAGAAAUGAAUAGUAAAAUAAUAAAAUGUAUUGAAAAUUGUAACUAUACGUCUAGUGAUUUCUUAAAUUUCAAUGUCACAAUUCUAAAUGCCAUAUGUAAACACAUUAAAGUAGCUGCAAAUCGUGUUAACCGUACUAAAUUGUAUAGGAAAUGUAAAAAACACUUUGACAUGUCUUUGUUUAAUCCAUCGGAUGACACAGACAUUAUGAAUUCAAAUAGUGUUUAUUUUAAUGAAAAUUCUAGUAUUGAAAAUUUCACUUCAUAUUCUGAUCACACAGAGCCUGAACUAGUGCAUAAAGACCACGUUUCACUUGAAUACACAAGUGUAUCUCCCCAAAGUGAUUGCAGUUGGAUGAUAGGAAGUCCACUAAUACCUUGUAGUACUCCAAUUCUACCAGAAAGCAUAAGGGUUGAAUCUGAUUUUGUUACACCAAGUAAAUUGGAAUGCAGAAAAAUGCUGGACCUGUGCCAAGUCCCCUUAAAAAUGCCUAUUUUAAGAAAACUCCGGUCAAGUCUAGUGUUGUGCUAA